AUGGGGACUACGGCCCUGGAUUCAUUCAAGGAUAUAACCUCGGGAGCUGCAGGAGGUAUAGCGCAAGUUCUAAUAGACCUCGUAAAAGUGCGCCUUCAAACCCAAGGCGGAGGAGGAAAUGCCCUAGGUCUAGUCCGCAACAUCUGGACUAAAGAAGGGCCUUUGGCUUUUUACAAGGGUACUCUAGCUCCGUUGCUAGGUGUAGGUGCUUGUGUCAGCAUACAAUUCGGCGCCUUUCAACUCUUCCGCCGGCGACUCGAAGAGUAUCGCGAAAUCUACCCAGCCGACGCUAAAACGAGCAGCAAAUCACUCUCCCUAUCUGACUUCUACCUCGUGGGAGGAGCCGCGGGCCUGACCAACAGCAUCAUAUCCGGACCAAUCGAACAUGUCCGAAUCAGGCUCCAGACUCAGCCAAACGGCGCAGCCCGUCUAUACUCUGGGCCCUGGGACUGCGUGCGCAAGAUCACGCAGCACUCCGGUAUCAAGGGCCUGUAUCGUGGGCAGGUCGUCACUCUUUUCAGAGAGUUCCACGGGUACGGCAUCUGGUUCGCCGCGUAUGAGGGAUUUCUCAGUAUGGCGAUGGCGUGGGAAGGCGUCAAGGACAGAAGAGAACUAGCUAGCUGGAAGAUUGCCGUCUGUGGAGGUCUUGCGGGCGAGGCGCUGUGGCUGGGGAGUCAUCCGCUCGACGUGAUCAAGAGUAAGAUGCAGAGCGACGGGUUUGGGAGAGGCCAGAAGUACUUGACUAUGCGUGACGCUUUCCGCCAGACUUGGAGAGAGGGUCGGUUUCGAGGACUAUUUCGAGGACUUGUUCCAGCGUUGCUGAGGGCGAUGCCUGUGUCUGCUGGGACUUUUGCAACGGCUGAGCUUAGAGAUAUUAUCCCACAGCGCGUUACGCUUGCCGAAGGCUGCACUGGAAAGCGAUUGGAAUAUGUCGCAUUGCCGGUGGCACAGUGCCCGAAAUCGGCUACGGUACACAUGUCCGUCCGACGCCAGCGGCUCGCAGCUCUUCUGAGCCGGCGACAUCCAGCUGUUCACUAUGCCAACAAUGCGUCUCUUACACGUUUCCAGUCGCGAUACGCAUCCACCACUUCAGGGAACCCAGAAACAUUGCCACCACACUCCAAGCUGCCCUUGAAGAUUCUCUUGCGGUCCCUGUUGGUGGCGACCACUUCUUCCCACCGGAUCUUGCUGGGCCCGUCUCUGGCUAUUUUGAAAUUCCUAAACGACUCGCACCGAACCUGGGUCUUUGACGUGCAAAGGAAUCCUUUAUUGCACGCUAUACUAAAGAAGACCAUGUACAACCACUUCUGCGCCGGCGAGAACCGACACGAGGUGACGUCGACGAUUGCGGAGAUCAAGCGCAUGGGGUUUCGGGGAGCCAUCCUCACGUACGCUCGCGAGAUUGUGGUCGACAACACGACAGAAGAAGAGAGCGGUCGGGGGUUGAAGGAGAUGGAUUCCGCUUCAGAAAUCGAGUCAGAUGCUGGGAUCGACGCUUGGCGUGAGGGUGUCUUGGAAACGGCGGAUAUGCUCAGUGAAGGAGAUAUCUUGGCUCUCAAACUGACUGGUGCCGGCGCCGCCGUUUCAGAGGCGCUCACUUCGAGGAAGCCCCUACCAGCGCAGAUGGAGUCAGCUCUCGCAGACGUAUGCUCUCGCGCAGUGGAGCGUGGAGCACGCAUCUUCAUGGACGCCGAACAGAUUUCAGUACAGCCCGGAAUCGACGCAGUAGCAAUAGACCUCAUGCGCCGCUUCAACACGAAAGAAAGAGGCGCCGUCGUCUUCAACACCUACCAAGCCUAUCUCAAGAGCACACCGGAUACCCUGGCUCAGCACGUGGCGCUAGCUCACAAGGACAACUUUUUCCUCGGUAUCAAACUGGUGCGCGGAGCUUAUAUCAGCUCAGAGCCAAGGCACAUGAUCAAUGAUACCAAGCAAGCAACCGACGACUCGUAUGACUCUAUUGCACGGGAGCUAUUAUCACAAGGUUACAGAGACUAUGGCGUGCCGGGCGGGAAGUCAUUCCCGGACAUCGAGUUGUUCCUUGCAACGCACAAUAAGGACAGCGUCAUAAAGGCCAACGAGCUUCAGCAAACUCGCGCCAAGGAAGGGAAGGCCUUGAUCAAGAUUCAGUAUGGGCAGCUUCUGGGCAUGGCCGACGAAGUCAGCUUCAGUCUGCUCCAGCUUGCAGACCAGGGGGUUGAUGCAAAGGGAUCGGAAAGUGAUGCCCCUAUAGAGGUCUACAAGUGCUUGAGCUGGGGCUCUCUUGGUGAUUUCGGAGUUCACUGCGUUGAAGAACGAGUUAUGGAGGAGGCUUACAUCUUCCAAUUGAUCAUAGCAGAGAAAACAGAGAUAUCAAAGUCGGUCCAUCGCACUCUUAUCAUCGUGAGGUUGACUAGGAGAGCCCAUCGCUCUCUCAGUCCCCACCAUCUCAACUCCCAAAGCCACCGCGCAAGCUACAAAACGACAUCGUCACAUCUCACCCAGCGCCCUCACCUCACUCACCCUCCGACCACCCCACUCCCUUCCGAAAGUCGACACCUAGACGGCAUUCCCGAUAACCCACCCAACAUGGCAGCCAAAGGAGACAAGAUUGAAAAGAUCAUCACGCGGCUCCAGGCCCGCAUCGGCGAGGGCCAGUUCUACGAGGCCCAGCAGCAGACCCGCGUCGUCGCCGCCCGCUACAUCAAGGCCGCGAACUGGCCAGCCGCCAUCGAUAUUCUCUACAAUGUCGCACAGUCCCUACUGAAAGCCGAACAGGGCGGCAGCGGCGGCGACCUUGCCGUCAUGCUCGUCGACGUCUUCAAGCAGGCCGAGCUCAAGCCCGACGCCGCCAACAAGGGCAAGCUGCUCACCCUCCUGCGCCUGUUUGCCGCCCAGGAGCCCACGAGGAAGAAGUUUAUCGGGGAGAUUAUUGCAUGGUCAUCAAAGUUCGGCGAGUACCCUGCCGGCGAUACCGACCUCCACCACGUCGCCGGAUCCCUCUACGCCGAAGAACACGACGCCUACGAGGCGGAACGACACCUGGUGCUAGGAACAAAGGACUCGGCCGAGGUGCUUGCAAAGAUGGAAUACGUCUGGUACAAGGAGGACGACUCGCACACGGCGCCACUCUACGCCGCCCGCGCCAUCUUCCCCUACCUCCUCGUCGGCAACGUCCGCGCCGCAAACACCUGCUACCGCCUCUUCGCCUCCUCCCUCAGCGAUGACAACAAGGGCCUCGGCGUCCAGGACGUCAGCAGUAAUAGCGCCGACCUGCGCAUCUUCCCCGGUUUGCCCCUCCUCAACUUCCUCGGCCUGCUCCUGCUGGCGAUCCAGCGCGGCGCCCCGGACGCCUACAAGCAGCUCCUGGCAAAGUACUCGUCCAACAUUUCCGAGGUCAGCGCGUGGAGCGAGGCGCUCGAGAUUAUUGCCGAAAUGUACUUUGGCAUCUCGCGCCCAAGGCAGAGCAAUCCGCUCAUGGACAUGAUGGGCAGCCUGUUUGGUGGCGCCGGUGGUGGUGGCGCCCCUCAGCAGAGACGUCCCGCAACAAGACGGGUGGAGGCACCCGCGGCUGAGGGCUUGGAUUAG